AUGUCUGCACAGUGGAACGAGGAACAAACCCGAAUGCUUAUCGAUGAACGAACAACUAAUGUAGGAGCGACAUCAUCGACAUCAUCUAAUACACCGAGCAGAAGACAACCAUCAAGAAUACCAAGGCCAAUCCCUAGAGCGAUCCCUUCUCCUAAUAGAUCGCGUCCAACAACACCUUCUGCAUCAAGAACACCCUCAAGACCCGUGACACCCUCAUUCUCUCAAAGCGCUGAAACGAUUAAUAUUUUUAUUAAUUGCAUUGAGCCGGACGAUCAAGAGUGA